CAUAGGUCAGAACUGAACAUACACACACACACACACACACCAGGACACACAGCUGCAGGGAUACUUGGGAGUCUGCAGGCAGAGAAACUGAAAACUUACUGUCAGAAUCUGAGGAAAUGGAGAAGAAAGCUGUUUUGUUCAACUUCUGGGGCAUCGUUGUCCCGUCCACACCAAAAUCUGUUUUCAACAAGCUAGAGGAGCUGCACAACUUUGGAGGAGUUCUGUCUGAUGUGGCAUCCCAGAAAGAUGGAGCCAUGAUGCGAGCAGAAAAAGGAGGUCUGAUUCUGACACAAAUGAUUCCAGAGUUUGAGGCUGAGUGUGUGAAGGAGGCACAGACCAGAGAUGUAAAACUACCGCCUAACUGGUCAGCUCAAGCCAUGCUUGAGGAGUUCAGGAAGGAGAUGCUGGAUGUCCGAGACGUGGUGAUAAAGAUGGCCGCCAGGCUGCAACAAAACGGAGUACUGACAGCUGUGCUGGCCAAUCAAUGGAUAGAUGACAGCGCGUCCAGAGAUGACACGGCCCAUCUUCUUUGUCAGUUGGGGCAACAUUUUAACCUGGUCCUACAGUCCUGUUAUGCGGGUCACAGGGUUCCAGAGCCUGCCAUGUUCAGCUCUGCUUUGCAGCAGCUGGGAGUCUUGUCACACCAGGCUCUGUGGCUCGAUGUGGAUGAGGAAGGUGUGAAAGCAGCAAAGGCAGCAGGGAUGAAGGCCAUCCUGAUGACAAAUCUGGAAGAUGCUCUGGAAAAAAUAUCCAAUUUUACCAAAGUUCAGGUUGUUGGAGCUGAAAGUCCUCCACCAUCCUGCAGCCCUAAUGAAGUGUCUCAUGGAUACAUCUCCAUCAAACCUGGUGUGAAGACUCACUAUGUAGAGAUGGGCACCGGCCCACCAGUUCUGUUUUGCCAUGGUUUCCCUGAGAGCUGGUACUCCUGGAGGUUCCAGCUCCCAGCUGUGGCUGCAGCAGGGUUCAGGGCCUUGGCUCUGGACAUGAAGGGAUACGGAGAGUCCACGGCACCUGCUGACUUUAAGGAGUAUUCUAUGGAUCAACUUUGCAAGGGUUUAAUCACAUUCCUAGAUAAAAUGGCCAUACCACAGGUCACCUUGGUGGGUCACGACUGGGGUGGUGCUUUGGUUUGGAGCAUGGCCCGGUAUUUUCCAGAGAGAAUCAGAGCUGUGGCUUCUCUGAACACUCCUCUGUUCCCUGUGGAUCCUACUGGUUCUCGUACAAAGAAACUCUUGGAACUGCCCACAUUUGACUACCAGAUCUAUUUCCAAAAACCUGGAGUAGCUGAGGCAGAGCUUGAGAAGGAUUUAGAGAGAACAGUCAAGAUUUUCUUCUACAAAUACAGUGAAAAGGAGGGACGUCCUAAUCUCAACACUGCAGGAGUCUGUGCUCGAGGUGGUCUGUUUGUGGGUCUGCCUCAGAAGAUUCCCAGAAGCUCGAUGCUAACGGAGAUGGAUCUGCAGUACUAUGUUAGCCAGUUCAAAAAGAGCGGCUUCAGGGGCCCGUUAAACUGGUAUCGAAAUAGUGACAUCAGCUGGAAGUGGAUGUGUUCGCUGCCUUCUGGGAAGAUUCUGAUGCCGGCACUGAUGGUGACAGCAGAAAAUGACCCAAUACUGCUGCCUUCGUUCUCAAAAAGGAUGGAGGACUUGAUCCCGAACCUGAGCCGAGGUCACAUUGAGAACUGUGGACACUGGACUCAGAUGGACAAACCAGCAGAGACCAACAAGAUCCUGAUAUCAUGGCUGAAAAAUAAUGUCCACAAGAAGGAUGGAGAGGUUACCAUGGCAACCAAAAAGUGAGAAAGGAAGUAGAAAAUUACAUUUUACCCCACUUUAGAACUUCAACCAAGAACAAUUAUGAAAAAGAAAGAAAGCAAUUAAAAGAAAAAAUGGAGGAUGAAAGAUGAGAUGAGUUUUACAAUAUCUAUGAAAUGAGAAAAAAUCAGCAGAAAUAAGGAACAUAAGAAAGUCAUGAUUUAAUAUUUUGAUGGAAAUAUUUUGAGUAUUUAGGUGAAUUUUAGAUACAGUUUUAUAUCUUACACUUUGGGGUUGUGAUAAAACUCGGGAUCAGUGGCUCUGACAAUGAAAUGGAGUUUUUAGAACUGAAGAGUCAAUAUUUUUAAACAUAAUUUUACUUUGGUUUUCUGAGCAUUUAUUCUGGCUUCCAAUUUCUGAUCAUGUUUUCUUACAAUUUUACUGUAAAACUUCUUUAAUAUGAUUCAUGAAUAAUUUGAUUUUUGCUGGUUUUUUCACAUGGGUCCUAUUUUAAUCUAAAACUUGAGUGUUUGUUGUUUUAAUGGGUUUUGUUAUAAUGCUGUAUUAAAGUGGUUAAACACUC